CCCACACUUGCGUACCCGGACACCUCUAGGGGCUCCAAGGUGAGUGCGACGCCAUCCCACCCGUCAAGGAACGACCUAGCAGUCCUGGUCAACUCACAGUUUCUCACUGAGGUGACAAACACGCAAAAUGCUAGACCCCUGCAGGACAUCUCAAAUCCAAUCCAAUCCAGCCCAGUUGAACCAGAACAGUCCAAUCCCAAUGCACAAUCCCGCCAUCCAACGCCCACGCCAGCACCAAGCACCAAGCACCAAGCACCAAACAGAAGAAGCACCGGCAAGCAAAGGAACCAAGGUCCAAAGUCCAAGGUCCAAGGGCGCUCUCCCACAGCAUCCCGUCCCCAAUGGUCCAGUCCACUUCCCAUUUGACCCCCGACCUGCCGUUCCAUUCUUCUACUCCACCCUCCCCGGGCCUCUCUUCCUCUCUUGGGCCUACUUUCUUUCUCAAUCGCCGUCUCGUGUCGUUUCGUCUCUGGCCGCUGCAGUUCCACGUCCUUUGGAGCCCAACUCGAUUCGACUUCAAGUAGAACCAGCACCGCUGUUUGCGCCGUGUCUGUCCAUUUGCCUAGGACACUUCAGUCUUCCCCUUACGACUGCUCAGCCUAUGGCUACGAUUCAAGGCCAACUCAAACAUCAUCGUGGCUCAAUACAACCGCCUUCGACCUCUUGGUAUUACGGAUACCUAGAGACCCAAUUCGAAUCCCAGCACGGCGGCAAUACAUAGCCCGAACCUGCUGCACUACUUCGUACACGACCACUACCUUCCUUACCUGCUUCGUACUCCCUACUGCGUACCCUGCAUUUAUACGAGUACCUGGUACACUGCAUCGCCUGUCCACCAUUCCGCCUGGCGGCCUGCUCCUUCGUGCGCCACCGCACAAGACGAAUACCCAAUCUCGCUCUGAAGCAUACCCUGCAUGCUGCCCGUCUUGUCACCAACCUCGACAUUCAUUCACUCUCAAGCUCUCAAGACCCUUCACAACUCGGCUCCGUUUUCCAUACAAAAUUCACCAUAUCAGCGGAUCCCUCCCUACCGCUCC